UGUCAAUCCCGGCUAUGUGGGUGGAGUCCUAGCGUCAGGCCCAGGCUGUGCGUUUGGGACUUGUCAGGAAGUGGUGCUUCGUUUGGAUCAUCUCGGAUUUUUUGAGACAUAAGAAAUUUUUUAAUCACUAAAUUGGUCCACGGAAGCAGAAAGACUGGUGUUUCGGUUCUUGUCGCCUGCACGGAGAUUAGUCCCUCACGAAUGGCCUCUCACUCCUCCUCCGGAGACAGGCCAGUCCUCUCCUGAUUCCGUGUACUCUCCGGAAGGGGGCAGCAGACGAGUCCGGACCCCAUGACAGGCUGAACGGGGCCGGUCCCCCUGGGACUGUACAAAUCAAAAUACCCCCGCCUCCUCCCCCUUACAGUUUCCAUCGGGAGGGAAAUACAACCGAGGCCUGCAUUAUGUCUGCGACCCCGGCCUCAAGUAGUUCGAACCCUCGAAAGUUCAGCGAGAAGAUCGCCUUGCAUAACCAGAAACAGGCCGAGGAGACACGGGCCUUCGAUGAGCUCAUGUCUGACCUAACUAUGUCCAGGGUUCAAUUCCAAAAACUUCAGCAGCUGCGAUUGGCACAGUCCCGGGCUCAGUAUUAUGGUGGCUCCUUGCCAAAUGUAAACCAGAUCAGCAGCAACCCGUCUGAUUUCCAGCCGUCUUUCCACCACACUGAUAACAUCCGAGGAAUGCGCCACCAUGGGUUGGUAGAGCGAGUUUCCCGUAAUCGGCUACACUCUCCUCAUCACAGACCUGUAGAGAAACAUGGACGCCAAUGUGACAGCUCUCCGUAUGCACCAGUUUAUCUCUCGCCCCCACCUGACAAUAGCUGGAGAAGGCAGCAGUCUCCCUGGAAUGACGAGAAGCGCCCAGGAUCAAGGCUACUGUCAGCUCUUAACAGAACAAAUUCUGACUCCGCCCUUCACACCAGCGCCUCAAGUAAUAAAUCACAAGAUCCAUUUGGAGCGAACCAGUCUAUGUUGAGGGCUCCCAGGCCACCUCAAAGAAACACAAGUUUACAGGAUGGUGAAGCUGACGGCUUUAGUGAAGUUUUCUCUUUCCAAAAUUCCUUGCAUGAAGAGUCUAUGUUGAAUGUAAAUAAGCCACUGCCCAAACAGCUAUGGGAAGCAAAGAAGGUCCAGUCCUUGACAUCUCGUCCCAGGUCCUGUGAAGUGCCCGGUAUUAAAGUUUUUCCAUCUUCUGAUCAGUCUACAAGUCUAUCACAUUUCCAAGGAAAUCUAAAUACAGGUGGAUCACUGCCAGAUUUAACCAACCUGCAUUUCCCAUCCCCUUUGCCAACUCCUUUGGAUCCAGAUGAUACAGCGUAUGGCAACCUUAGCUCAGAGAACAGUACAGGUGGUCUUCCUGCGGCCAUGACUCAUCUAGGCAUUAGUGGUUCCCCAGGUAUGCAAAACACACACAGUAACCCUUCCAUCCAUUCAUCGUUGAACAACAGUCCUCUUACUCCUACUAUGAACAACCAUGGGCCUCAGUCUGGUUGCAGCAAUCCUGCCCUUCACUCAUCCCUUCGCCUGGCUUCCCUCAGUAACCCUUCUCUUCCUACUUCUGCUAUGGGAAAUUCCCCAAGAAGAAGACACACUCCUGUUAGCCCUUUGACUCUCACUCCCAGCAGUGAGUCCAGCAGGAGUGGACAAUUCUCUCCAACAAGCCCAUUAAAUAUGCAGCCACAUUCACAGGGUAUCAACAUGGACAGGAAUCCUCUUUCUCUUCCUCCCUUGGAGCCUCCCCCUCCAUAUCCAUUAUAUCAAGAACAGUCCCAGCAUCCACUUCAUCAUUCACAGCAGCAAGUGCAUGAAUCUCCUGAGUCACAAAGCUACCAGCCUCCAUCACCAGUACCCUGCCCACCUCUGGACUUGAACUUGGCUAAUAGUGCUCUAAGUGGCUUAUUUGCAGAUUCUUUCUUCGAUCAGCAGCAGCCUACAAGGCAGGGAAAGUAUCUAUGGCAGCAGGAACAAUAUGAUAUGUUUGGAAGUCCAAGCAGCUCCCUUCCAAAUAGCAAUGCCUUCUUCGAUCCUAACAUGAAUCUUCAGUACUCUCAAGCAUCACUAAUGGGAUUAGGAGGCAGCCACGGAAAUUUACAGGAUCCUUUCCAGCUGCGACCAAAUUAUUUGUACUCCAAUUGUGGAGGAAGUGUCCCAAACAUUAUCCUGACAGAUGACUCGAGCAACAGCUUAUCAAAGGACAUUAGCAAUGCAGUUGCUGGAGUUUCUGAGAUGGGUUUUGAUGCAGAUAAUACAUUUCAGUUGGAUGAUGACCUGAAAAUUGGACCUCUCAGCCUGGAAGGACUCAGCAUGCUUAGUGAUCCAGACAUGGUCCUGCCUGACCCUUCAAUAGAAGACAGUUUUAGGUCUGACAAGCUGUGAUCAAUUCUUUAAACUGAAUAUUGACUUUUAAAGCCUACCUUUAGCGACAAAAGAAAACAUUUUGGAAACACAACAAAAAUAAGAUGCUCCUUUCCUUUCUUGAUCACUAGUUUCACUUGAGCAGGUUUCUCUGGGUACAAAUCAAGCAGAUAUGCUCCGAUGUUGUCUGGAGACAUAAGGAAAGAAUUUUUUUUCUUGCAAAGAAUUGCAAAGGAAAAUGGACCUGAGCCUGCUUUGUUAGACCAAGCUGGUAACUGGUGUCUUGUAGAAAAACACCUGUGUUUUCUGAAGUAAACUAGGUAGUGUAACCACAUUUUUACCAGUUACAUGGUAAUGUGCCAUUGCCUUAACCUUUUUAUCAUUAGAAACCUACAGCAUAUUGUGAUACAAUACUUUGCAGCUCUUGUGAUAGCAACAUAUUCAUUUAUGUGUAUAUUUUUAUGUAUUGUUUGUUGACAAUGUAAAAAAGAGACAGCCCAAUAGUGGAAAUAGUAUCAAAGCAAAAAAAAAAAAAACUUUUAUAUUAUAGAGACUUAAACCACUGACCUCAAUCAUUGACAGCUAAUAAUAUAAUGACCAGUUGAUUCUGCCAUGAAUUGCUGCCAUUUUAACUGAGAUAUGGUCUUAAACAUAGCAAAAUAAUCUUUUGGAGGAGAAAAAAAAAUGGGAAAAAAAGUCCAUGGCUGUACAUGACGGCCUGUGCCUUAAUACUAGCCACUUUCUUCAGAUAUAAUUAAAUGACCGGAUAUUUUUUAUAAAUAAUUUUGUUCAGUCAUGGAAUUUGUUUUCUGACGACCCAGUGCUGGAAAACUGUUUUUCAAUCCGUCUUAUAUAUUUUCAAAAACUACAACAUAAUUGAGAACUGUGGGGCCAUUAAGAAAAGGCUUCAAAAUCCAGGUUGUUUAUCUAGUCGAUAUAUAAAACACAUUACAUGACAAAUUUUGGGUUGUCUUUUUAGAGAGUACUGCCUGUAUCAAUGAUUGCUUGCCAACUAAAGAAAUUAGAGAGCUUGGUCUUCCUUGGCCAAAGCCACUGUUCUUGCAACAACUUUAUCAGGUAUCUAGAAGAAGGUGUCAUUUUCUUCAUGAACUUUUAGUGUGCUAACAAAAAUAAUUGUUUAACCAAAUUUACAUGCCCAUCCUUCAAAAUAAUGAGUCAGACACUUGUAACUUGUCCUAGUCAGAGAAAAGAUUUUCAAUGAACUCUUAUCACACUAUGCCUUCACUUAUGGAAACUAUUGAAAGUUUAUCUCCUAUAUGACUCAAAAGGAGCUCUCUGUGGUCCGAUAUAAACUAGACUGGCUAGGGAAUAAAUUGGCAAUCAUUAAGUUAACAUAAAAUGCCUAACAUCUUUUGGGAGAGUAAUUAACCUAAGAGCUUGUUAAGUGCAAUAGACCAUACAUUUUGCUAUUUAGGGUUGUAAAGAAUAACCUUUGCAUUUUCCAUUUGUGCCUUACCUGCAACUCCAAUAGUAGUUAAAUGUGCAGAUUAUCCAAAAUAUCUUUGACAAUCUAUUGCAACCCUUAUUUAAUUUUUAAUUUUUUUUUAAAGCCACAAGUGUGGCAAAUUCUAGAUAUUUUAUUGAUAAGAUGACAAAGAAUGUUUUAAGGGCUACAAGAACACCAAAUGUAUUUCUUAAAUAUUAGUAGAGCAAAAAAACAAUACAAAUUACAGCUUUUUAUGUUAAAAAGAGAUGGUCAAUUAUUGAUUAGUUUGUAGCUAAAUGAUGUUUAGAUAAUGUUUUAGGUGAUUUAUAUGUAUGCACCUUUGUUAACUAGCUUUAUUUCCCAAGCAGUGAUAGACUACAAAUGCCCAUACCCAUUACAGCCUGGGGAAAUGUCAUUGGAUAUUCAUGUACUCUAAACAUCAUAUCUCUCUUUCACAGCACACAUUGCACUUUUUCCAGAGCACUUGCUUACUUAUUUUCUCUAUUCCUACAGUUCAUUUUACUCUGUGCACUUUUGUUGUGGAUCCAACAAAAGGUGCUGUUCGGCUUUUUGCAGCGCCUUAAUAUUAAACUGUUUCCGAUCUCUCGUUUGAAAACAAAAAACUAUUUAUUACAAUGAUCUAAAGUUAUUUCAGCUACUUUUUAAAGGGUCAUUAAUAUCAAAAGGUAUUAUUUUAACUUUUUUCACCCUUUGUGCUGAAAAUGCCUUAAUGGCAAUUAUCAUUAUCUAAUAUUUAAUGAGACAUUGAACUCAAACUUAAAUCAUCUAAAAAAAAUAUUUUAAGUGAAGAAAAAAAUUGUAAAACCUGAUCUGUUUUAGCUGCUUUUCCUACAAAGUACCCUGUAAAGUUCUUUUACACCUAGAGAGGCUUGAGUGCAUUAUACAACCAUUUUGAUAUACAGCAGCCCCAACAUUUUGUUUUAAAUGGAUACUAAAUACAUUUUAUGCCUCUUUCUAAUAAUUAGAGCUGCCUAGGUUACAAUGCAGGAAUCAGAAGGAGAGUUGCUGCACAUGUGCAAACAGGCCAGCACUGAAAUGUAGUGAAAGACAGAUUUCAACACGGUGGCACCCAUGACUAGAGGGAGGCAGAAUAACAUCAGUACUAUACUUAAACAAGGUAUUUAGUGCUUAAUGUCCCUUUAAAAAGCAUUAUACAUGCUAAUAAAAAUAAAGGACCGAUUUGGCUUUUUUUUUUUUUUUUACUUCAAAAUCAGCACCAUGUGCAUGCACCUGGUGCUGAUCUCAUACCAUGGAGAAUUUGAUGCAUAGAAUGUGCACAGUACAUACACACCAAUUCUUGUCUGCAUGCGUUCUGAGAUAGGCACCCAGCGACAUGUAAAAGGUUUUAAUCUCUGAGUUAACUGCCAUUAUUAAAUGAAAAUCUUUUUUAUAUUGUA